AUGGCUCCGCCCCCUCUUCCUACCUAUAGACACGUUACCAUUAGACUUCGGUUUUUUCCCAGUGAUGAGACUGUUGUUUGUGUCGUAUGCGGCGGCGUUUGUCGCCCAACUGCCCAAUCCGCUGCUUCAUAUCCUCUCCGUGACCACGACUGGCUUCAUCCGUGGCUUGUCAAGGCGGAUAAGGGUUUCUGGGAAUGGUGCAAAGAUCCUCGAAACGCGACAUCUCGUCGCCAAGGCCCGGAUGAUGCACCGGUCGGACUCUUCCAGGUGGAGAGAUUCCGCGGCGGCGGAAGCGGUUUCGACCUUUCGGGUGGCGGUACGGCGAGUAUCAACACCAGCCAUGCCGAGAUGUAUCUCCCGAUACAUAAGGCUUGCUACCACCUGACGAUGAGAUUCUGCGAUUAUCAAUCUAGAUUUGAGAUAGAUUUUCGGAAGUUCUCAAACCGGUCAGACCAAUGUGGCAUUCCCUCGAGACUCGGCCACUUCUACGAAAUCUGGAUGAAGCGUGCCCUGAUGACCAUUCCGGGCCACCAAGGGAUCCUGAACUGCCCCAUUGACGAGCCGCACGGCUACCUUGGUAUUCUGCUCGCUGAUAAUCUGCGCAUGUACAUGAACGCUAGGCGCAGAAACCCGGCAAUCUCCGUCCAAGAAGCCGACCCGUCAAGCAGGAAGAAAAGGACGUCGCUGGCUGUUAUACGGCACCUAGUACGCCUCCGCCCGGCGGAAAAGGGUCCGAAAGAUGGAUACCAGACUCUCAAGCUUCGUCUAGAGGGCCGCUUGGGCCUGGCCCGCGAGCUGAAGCAGAUGAUUUACGAGCAGUUGGGGCCUUUGAAGAACCUGAGCCGGGACCAGCUCGCUUGCACGCGCGUCCUUCCUCCCUCGUGGUGGAAAGAGAGUCUCUUCGGCGGCGACCUGUUCCCGUGGCUGUUCGACUUAGACAAGAACAUCCUCGCCGCGUUGGAGAAAGCUGUUACGGAGAAAGCCAAAAGGACGGGUAUGAAGCCGUUGAGCGUCGAUGACGACUUCGACUGGGAGCUGCUUUGCCGCCGGCUGGGCCAGCGCGGCGUGGUCCAGGAGGGGGGAAUCCUCCACGGCGAGGAGCAUCUGGAGAACCGCUACCGCAUCUGGACUCUCCUGGACAGCGCGCGCCUCGGCCACACCGUCUCGAGAUAUUCCCGUGGCAUACGUCCCUGA